AUGGGAUUAAAGAAGAGCAUGAGUAGAAUGGAAUUAAAGAAGAACAUGAGUCGAAUGGGAUUAAAGAAGAACAUGAGUAGGAUGGGAUUAAAGAAGAGCAUGAGUAGAAUGGGAUCAAAGAAGAGCAUGAGUAGAAUGGGAUUAAAGAACUACAUGAGUAGAAUGGGAUUAAAGAAGUACAUGAGUAGAUUGGGAUUAAAGAAGUACAUGAGUAGAAUGGAAUUAAAGAAGUACAUGAGUAGAAUGGGAUUAAAGAAGAGCAUGAGUAGGAUGGGAUUAAAGAACUGUAUGAGUAGAAUGGGAUUAAAGAAGAGCAUGAUUAGAAUGGGAUUAAAGAAGUACAUGAGUAGAAUGGGAUUAAAGAAAAGCUUGAGUAGAAUGGGAUUCAAGAAGUACAUGAGUAGAAUGGGAUUAAGAGCACGAGUAGAAUGGGAUUAA